GACUUGAUGUAACUGUCACCUUGCAUGGAACUUCCGAUGUGACAACCAUCCUCAAGCAUUCAUGUAGCUAACUGAAGUUUUUUUCUUAAUGAUUGCUUCACACAAUCAUGGAAGAAGGUGGAUUGCUACCUUCUGAUGUUGCUGUGGCACAGCGGUCCAUUCUGAAUGAAAUAAAAGCUCUGAGAACAGAGGUCAUCACCCAAACCCAGAGUAUUGACGCGCUGAACAAGGCACUGUCUGCUUUAGAGGGUGAAAGCAAUCAAAACGCAGCUGCAAUCAUGCAUAUUCAAGGUCAGUUGUGCAGCCUUGCCAAACAUCUGGCUGGCCAGCGCCUGGAGGAGCGCUUUGAGGCUCUUCACUGCGAGGUGUCCUCUGAGCUCCACUACCUGCGGAGUCUGCUCCUUCCCUCCUCCCUGCCGGGGCCCUCUUCAUCACACUGCCUGCCCUCCAUAUCCUCUCCUCCCUCCCCACACGUGCCGCCCCAGAUCCAGCCGGGCCUCAGUCAGAUUGCACAGGAGCUCUAUCACAGCAGGAGGAUUCUGUGGGAGCAGAUCGGAGAGCUACGGGAGGAGGUGCAUGACAUCCAUCACCAGCUCAAUUGCCAGAGGGAGGACAUGCAGCGCAGACUGACCGAGAAAUCCAAGGACCAGUGCAUGGAGAGGAUGAUGGACAGCUGUCUGGAGAGUGAAGCACUGCAUGGGGCUGAUAUGUCACAGAUACAGAGCUCAUUGAAAAAGAUCACUAUAUCCAAGGGGAAGGCUCCGAAAAAAUCUGGACGGGUGUUCAAGCCCCUCACUCCAAAAGCUUCACUAAUAGCACCAGACUCUGAUGACAGCUCUACUAAUCUUGUGGCGAAUGGCAAGAAGGAAACCAGCCCCACCACUCGCAGGAAAUAGAAAAUAUCGCCCCCUGGUGCUUUGCUGCCUCUGCUGACAUCAUUUGAGAUAACAAGCAUGAUUUGUGGAAAAUAAUUCAAUUAAAUGUGUUGCACAAAC